AUGGGAAAUUCUUUUGGGUGUUCAGCUUCUGGCGAGAGAUUGGUAUCUGCGGCCAGGGAUGGUGAUUUGGUUGAAGCAAAGAUGCUUUUGGAAUUCAAUCCUAGUCUUGCCGAAUAUUCAACCUUUGUUGGUCUUAACUUACCUCUUCAUUUUGCUGCUUCCAAGGGUCAUAACGAGAUUGUGGCAUUGUUUCUUGAGAAGGGAGCAGAUGGGAAUUCAAGAAAUUAUUGUGGGCAUACAGCCUUAAUGCAAGCUUAUAGACAUGGUCAUUGGGAAGUUGUACAGGCCCUUGUGCUCUACAGAUGCAAUGUUAUGAAAGCAGAUUAUCUCAGUGGGAGGACAGCUCUUCACUUUUGUCGCUGUCAUUGGGCAUGUUUGAUGCGUUAG